UUUUAGAAGGCCCGGACCCUGGGAUGGGUGAUAAUGGCGGCGAGCGGAGGAGGGAGGGGGGUUUGGGCCGCUGGGUGAAGAGCCAGCUUUCUCGGGCGCCGUCGGUAUCUGCUUCUUCUUGCCGGCGUUCCGAUCUCCGGCUCCUUCUUGGAGUCAUGGGUGCGCCGUUGGCUCCGAUUCAUGUUAGCUCUGCUGAUCCUUUGCCGCAUCUCAGCAUCAAAGACACCCCCAUUGAAACUUCGUCGGCGCAGUACAUUCUACAGCAGUAUACUGCAGCCUCUGGAGGGCUCAGGCUCCAGGGUUCCAUCCGCAAUGCAUAUGCAAUGGGCCGGGUGAGCAUGGUUGCGUCGGAGUUUGAGACAGCAACAGGAAUUGUGAAGAACCGGAGAGCAUCAUCGGAGGCAGAGUCGGGUGGAUUUGUCCUUUGGCAGAUGGCUCCUGACAUGUGGUAUGUGGAGCUCGCAGUUGGCAGCAGCAAGGUGCAUGCUGGUUGUAAUGGUAAGCUUGUCUGGCGCCACACACCCUGGCUUGGAGCCCAUGCAGCCAAGGGCCCUGUCCGUCCUCUCCGGCGUGCUCUCCAGGGCCUUGAUCCAUUGACUACUGCAAGCAUGUUUGCAAAUGCACGAUGCAUUGGUGAGAAAGUAGUAGACGGGGAGGAUUGCUUUAUCCUCAAGCUCUGUACAGAUCCAGAAACACUCAAGGCCCGGAGUGAAGGUCCAGCUGAAAUCAUCCGGCAUGUCCUUUUCGGUUACUUCAGCCAGAAGACUGGGCUUCUCAUCCAUAUUGAGGAUUCUCACUUGACCAGGAUCCAAAGUGCUGGCGGUGAAGCUGUUUACUGGGAGACAACCAUCAACUCCUUCAUUGAAGAUUAUCGGCCAGUCGAGGGCUUGAUGAUUGCCCAUUCCGGUCACUCAGUCAUCACUCUCUUUAGGUUCGGUGAGAUGGCUAUGAGCCACACCAAGACAAGGAUGGAAGAAGAAUGGAGCAUUGAUGAGGUGGCUUUCAAUGUCCCUGGUCUCUCAAUGGAUUGCUUCAUCCCUCCAGCUGAUAUCAAAGGCGGGCCAAUUAGCGAGUCCUGUGAGCUUCCACACAAGGAUGGAACCAAGACUGUUACCAUAAGCACUUAUCGUGCAAAGAUCGCAGCUGUUGAAAAGCCAAACGAUUGCAUUUGAUACUGCAUUGAAUUGUUAAUACGAGUUAGACUAUUUUCAUUUGGAUCUAACUCAUCGUCGACUGUAGGUUAGAGAAACUGAUUCCAGGGAAGCUUGAAGAACAGUAGUGGAGCAAGCCUAUGUAGAUAAAGGAAAGCUCUCCUUCUCACUACUUGUUCACCCCCGGCGAGCCCUCAUGCAUGUAUUUCCUCGAUUGCAGGAUGGUACUCGGCGGGGCUGGUGGUUUUAUCUUCUCAAGAUGCUUGCUCCCAUUCUACUACUAAUUCUAAGGUUGCCGGCCGCAAUGACUAUGCCGCCGCCUUCGAGUAACUGCUGAGAUUUUUCUUUCUAGACAUAGAUUCUUUGUUUUGAGUUUUUUCUUUUUUUCAUGUGUUCUUGUUUGUUGCUGGAGUCAGUAUGCAGUUUGUAUGGUGUGAGUGAGAUAAUAAGUUCUUAACCAAAUGUAAUGUUACACUAUUCUACUGAUUUGAGCCACCCAUGCUUAUGUUUGA